UUCUCUGCUCCCCCCCUCUCGCCUACUUCAGGCUGGGAUAGCUCCCUUUCUGUGCGUGUAUGCGUGUGUGUGUGUGUGUGUGUGCGUGUGUGUGUGUGUGUGUUUGCGUGCGUGUUUUUUUUUUUGUUUGUUUGUUUUGUUUUUUUUAUUUAAUUUUAUUUGUUUCCCCUCCGCGGUGCCUUUCGCACGGAGUAGUGGUGGAUGAUAUCAACAGAGCUUCGUUUCUUCUUACCUCCGCGAUACUGAGGAUUGGAGAUUGGAGUCGCUAGAGGACACGCGCAUCACGACAGACGGCAGCGCGAGGGAGUUUUUCUUGGAGGGGGACAUCGCAGCUUAAAACGAGGAACAAAUAAAAUACCUAAACUGGGCAGACUGUCGUUAAGUUUUUGCGGAUUUUACGGUGCAGGUGCACAGGUGCAUCGGGUUCGUGGAGAGGAGUCACUGCCUCUGCGGAAGUCUCCGAUGAAGAUGAAGUCUGCAGGCGUCGUGGAUGGAGGCUUGUUCACAGAGAGCUAUUGUAACAUCUGCAAUGCCCAGCUCAUCUCCGAGUCCCAGCGCACCGCUCACUAUGAGAGUAAGAAACAUGCCAACAAGGUACGUCUGUUCUACAUGCUUCAUCCUGAAGAUGGAGGACCACCUUCCAAAAGACUGAGGCCAGAUAAUCCAGACUGUGCAGAGACAGAAGUGGACAGGAACAAGUGCUGUACCCUGUGUAACAUGUUCUUCACCUCUGCAAUUGUGGCACAGUCGCACUACCAGGGCAAAACACAUGCCAAGAGAGUCCGCCUGGUGCUGGGGGAGCCACCCAACCUACCCACAGCCAUACCUAACACUACAAACACAGAUUCCUCCCCUUCCACCCCACUGCCCACAGACCCCACAUCGUGCCCGCCUCCUCCACCUGCCCUACCCUGGCCCAUGGCAGUCGUCAGUGGAAACGGUGGGAGAGAGGCUGGGAAGUACUGCUGCCUGUGUGGAGCCUGGUUCAACAACCCUCUGAUGGCCCAACAGCAUUACGAGGGCAAGAAACAUCGAAGGAACGCAGCCAGGGCACGCCUCCUGGAGCAGCUAGCAGGGAGUCUGGAUGCCACAGAGAGCACAGGGUUGCGAAGUAGUUACUCUUGCAGUGUCUGCAGUGUGGUCCUCAACUCCAUCGAGCAGUACCACGCACACCUCCAGGGCUCCAAGCACCAGAACAACCUGAAGCAACACCAGCAGUAAGCCAGAGCGACAGGCCACUCUGGAAAGAAGAAGAGAUGAAGACAGAGAUUAUUGGAAUAAACAACUUCAGAAAAGUGGACUUUUCUUAGAAGAGUAUGAGAAAGUAGUGUAGUGCAACUUCAGUGUGUAUGUGUGUGUGUGCUUGUGUAUAUAGCCUAUAUGUGUGUCAUAGGCACCUAUGCACGCAUCUGCAGUACGAGUGCGUAGGUCAUCGUGAGUGUGUUAAUUUCGUUAAAAAUAAUAUAUCUUUGAGAUUUAUUGAGCACCUUCGAUGAGUUCUCAACACUGAUGGCCACCAGGAGACCUGCGGCUGCGCAUUGCCAUGUAAUUCCAGUGUGAACCACAAUCCUGAAAUUGAAAUGAUGUCAGUGCAAUGCUCGGAGUAGUGAAAACCAUUACAAUGAUCGUCACAGAACAGCAGUUACAAUAACUAUGUAACUAGCAGUCCCCCAAGUGCUCUGACUGUGAACCAAGUCUGACCAGAAACUUCUGUUUUUAUGUGUAUUUAAUAUGCAGUGAUGCUGACGGUGCCGUGAGCAUGGCUCACUUUCAGACCACUUGAGACCUACUCAGGCCCAGACUUUCAAGGACAAGAAACUUCCCAAUGACCUCAACCAUUGCAGAUUGCAUGAAUUUCCAUAACUUCAAAAAAAAAAAAAAACCUAGUGUUGUCUAUCAAUUGCAGAUGUGUCCUCUUGAAAACCCAUCUUCAUAUAUUCCAAAAAUCAAAACCUGGAGAUAAAAGGGAGUGAAAAGUAGAAACGAAACUUUUGAACUCCUGCUCUAAAGAGGGUCCGUGCAACUUUGUGAAUCGUCUACUGCUGAAAACAUUCCCAUAGCACUAAAUCCUGAUGUCAGAUGCAGUCUGGAGGUGAUACAAAAAAAAAAUCUUUCUGAGAAGGGCAACAUGUAGAUAUAGUUUUUAUUUUUCUGUUACUGCCAGAGAAAAGAAACUUCACACCCAUGUAGCAGCCACUGUACAAUACAACUGGGACGUAAUUCAAUGCAUGCAAAGUGUAGAACAUUGCAUUCACUUGCCUUUUUGAAACCUACUUCUUGCGCAUUUUGGUAAUAGCGCUGCUUUGUAGUGAUAGCUGCAUAAUGAAUUAAUGCACAUGCUUGUACCUGAACAAAGAAAUCACCUUUUAGUGCUGAAGUGGCUUCAUCUCAACAUCUUACCUAUUCAUCAAAAGAAAAAAAAAAGGGAGAGCCUUUUUAGAUAUUAGUCCGGUCACCGCUGUAUGACAACCUCAUUCGUAAGUGUCUUCAGAGUGUCUGAAAAGUGAGUUUUCAACAAUGGUUUGUAGCACCACAAGAUGAGCAAAUAGAAGCAGUGCUCCACUUAUCAGUGCUGGCACAUGAGAUUGGCCCUGAGCAGCAUUUCUCAAGCAGGGGAAAAUACUGAGAAAUACAGCAAUCAAUGCAAAGCUCUGUUUGUUCUUGUUUGUCAUCUGUAAACACAUUAAAAAAAAAUGUUUUUUUCUGUUUUGUUUAUUUCAUGGUGAAGAGAGUGAACAUACUACUUGAUUAGAAACUAUUUUUCUUCGGCAGAUAUAUGGUUGAGUAAUGGUUUUUAUGCAAUCGUGCUAAUAUUGACAACCAUACCAUGUGGGUUUGAAGUGAAAUAGUUCAACAAAGCAAAAAAAAAAAAAAGUGGUUUGUGUAAAUAAAGCAGUAGCUGCAGGUGAAGUUUGUGUUUUAAGAAGUACAGGAUUUUUUGUAUUUAUAGUGUUUAUCUGCACUGAGCCACAGGUGAUAAGGGAAAUGUUUCUUAUAUUAUUGAAAAAUACAAAUAUGUUGGCACUGGAAUGAGAAUAAAGUGUCUUUUGUUGGGUCACGUUUUGCAUAGAUAAACAUAAGUGAGAAUAAAGUAAUCGUGACUCAAGGAGUCAGUGAUGAUGGACCAAAAUUCUGUGUAUGGAAGCCAGUGAGUCAUCACCUUUACUUAGAGGGAUUUUGAUAACCGUCAUUUUUGUGAGGAAAACUGCAAUCGCUAUAAAGACAGUCCCCGCAGAGAAACAUCUGAAAUGCCAGUGGAUUCCUAAAGCUGCCAAAACAACAAAGCAGGACUACAAACCGUUGGAUAUUUUUAUACCAUAACAAAACCACAAAAUUGAGAAAUCUUUUUUUUUUUUGCUUGGCAAUGUGCAUCAUGACUGUUUUGAUGACUAUUUACACUGACUCCUUUCUCUCAAGCACUGGUGUGUUCACAAUAGAAAAGAUGUCUGUGUAUGAUGAUAUCACAGUCUGUGUAGAUGAUGACUGUGCCAUGAGUCACAUAUUUUAGCAGAUGUUGCAUAAUAUAUGACAGAGAUGUAUCUAUGGGUAGGAACUGUGUGAUAUGAUGCUUGCGGGUGGGUGUCUGUAUGUGAAGCUAUCAACUGUGGAAGACUUGCUGCGAGCUGUGCAGC